AAAUGGGGUGUGGAGGGCAGAAAGGAAGGAAGGCAGAGUUAGGAGGGGAGGAGGGGAGAGGCAGAGGGAGGCAGACACCGACACCUAAGCAGUAACACUGAGUGCGCUCGGGGACAGGAGGCUUUCAAUGGGGAGGUCUCUGUGAAGUGCAGCCUACCUGUUGGAGCUCAUUGCGGGGAGACUACCGUGCCGGACUGGCCGUGAAUCCCGUUGCACUUGCGAGGGAUGAAAAGCCCAAACAUGUCUCCAAGACUAUUGCUCUGCGCUGUACUGGCUGUGUACCACGGGACGCAAACCUGCAGUGGAUUUAAUAUAGAUGAACGGUUUCCUGUGAUCAAAGAGGGACAGACCAAAGGGAGCUUCUUUGGAUUCUCUGUAGCUCUGCACGAACAGACGUUGGGCUCCAAAAAGUACCUGCUUCUUGCAGGAGCACCCAAAGAGAAACCCAUAUCUCUACGAAAUGUCAAUGAAACAGGUGCUGUCUACUCCUGUCCCAUUACAACACACACCAGUGACUGCUCCAGAAUGGACCUGGUCAGCACAACAAGCCCAUCUGAGAUGGUGGAGGGCAUGUGGCUCGGUGUGACAGUGGCCAGCCAGAGAGAGCAGCCGGCGGGACGCGUGCUGGCAUGCGGGCAUCGCUAUGUGAAGAUCACCUCAGCCGGCACCAAUGAGGAGCAGCGGCGGAUGAUAGGAAAGUGCUUUGUCAGAAGUAACGACCUGACCUUUGACCCCAACGAUGAGUGGCAGAUUUUCAGUUACGAGGCCUGCAACCCCAACUACGACUACGAGCUUGAGGGCAUGUGCAACAUGGGCAUCUCAGGCGGCAUGACAGACACUGACGUCUACAUUGGCGCCUCAGGCAGCUUCAUGUGGCAAGGAAAUGUUCAUGUGACAUGGAGAGAUCCAGAUCCAGCGAAUGCCUGGGACUCUGUAGGCAAAGACUUUGGACAGUUGAAAAGACGAUACAGUUAUAUGGGUUAUUCAGUUCUUGAGUCAAAAAAUCUGCUGAGCCGUGACGACUACACAGUGGUGACAGGGUCUCCCAGGGAUGAGGCCAAGGGCUCAGUGAUGAUCGCGACACAGGCUGACAAAAACCUCAAGCCAGCGCUUAUCAUCCCUGGGGAACAAGUGGGCUCGUACUUUGGGAAUAGCCUGGCUGUCACCGACCUCAACAAUGACGGGUGGAAUGACCUGAUCGUGGGUGCCCCAUUUUACUUUGACCGUAUGAAGGAUAAGGGAGGAGCAGUUUAUAUAUUCAUGAAUGAGAAUGGAUCUUUCCGAAAGGAUGCCACUAAGAUGCUGAACGGUCCAUCGACGUCUGGAUUCGGCUUUGCAGUGGCCGCCAUUGGUGAUGUCAACCUAGACGGAUUCCAAGACUUUGCAGUGGGAGCUCCAUUCCACGACUCAGGAAAGGUUUACAUAUGGAUGGGAAAUCAAAACAAAAUAUCAACACAACCCAGUCAGGUGAUUGAGGGUAAGUCAGUGGGAAAUGGAGGCUUCCAUACUUUUGGCUACUCCAUCAAUGGAGGGAUGGACAUGGACGACAACAGUUAUCCUGACAUCUUAGUCGGCUCUCUGGAUGAUCGCAUAGCCCUGCUCAGGGCUCGGCCUGUCAUCCAAUUAACUAACACCUUCGAGGUCGAGCCACGCAUCGUGGACCCUAAUACGUGUCCUGGGGAUACACCAUGCAUUACAGCGACUGUCUGUAUGACCUUUACUCUGAGCAAUGGAAACAAAGACUUCAAGAAAAAUAUCACGGUGAACUUCACUGUGGAGGCCGACAUGGACAGGAGAAGAAGCCCACGUGUUCUUUUUCAGGACAAAAGUGACACAUAUACCAACUUACUGAGCCUGCCAUCUUCCAAACGCACAUGUCAUGAAAUGAAGUUGAUUGUAGUGGAGUCUGUGAGGGACAAACUGGAGCCGGUGGUCUUUUCUCUCAACAUGUCUUUACAUGAACAAAAACCUAAAUCCAGACGUUCCCUGCAGAACCUCGACUCUUUCCCAAUUCUCAGCCAGGGACGUAAACUCUCUAAAAGAAGAGAGAUUCACUUUCAGAAGGAGUGUGGUGACGACAACAAAUGUAGCAGUAACCUGAAGGUGACAGCCCAGUUUGUUGACAAUGAGGAAAAGCCUUACCCCAGGGUGGAUAAACUCCAGGUACUUCAGUUCAACAGCAACAUAAAGAGAUUAAGUCUGAUGGUGGAGGUGACCAACUUUCCUGGUCAGGGGAAGCUGGCUGAAGACGCCCACGAGGCCACGCUCAAUGUCACCAUUCCUGACGCACUGAGAUACUCCAGCGUCAGACCAGUGGGUGCAUGCACUUUUGAUGGCACAGUGAUUUGUGACCUGGGGAAUCCACUUAAAGGCAAUGAAAAGGUGUCACUCAUUAUCAAGUUUGAGACGUCAGGGAUUGAUUUGUACACACAAGAGAUUGAGUCCCAGCUGCUUCUGUCAACUCUUAGUGAGCAGGAUGACCUGAAGCCUUUUCCUGUGGCCUUGCUGAUUGAGAAUACCAUUCUCCCCUCCUUCUCCUUGGCAAAACCGGUGGUGCGAACACAAUUCGGUGGGGAAGUGAUGGGCGAGUCAGCCAUGGUCAACACCAGUGACGUGGGCAGUCUGGUGGAGUUCACCUUCAACGUGAACAUCAAUGGACAGCCCCUGGGAGAUAUGGGGACCUUGGCUGUUGAAUUUGAAUGGCCCUUUGAGGUAGCCAAUGGCAAGUGGCUGCUGUACCUCACGAGGAUUGUUGUUAAAGGGGAAUCAGAGAUGGAAUGUAACCCUCCUGGAGAAGUUGUCAAUCUGCUCAAUUUAAGUUUGUCAGAGAGCGGACGAAAGCGCACUAAACGGCAGAUUGUGGUGGAUGAUGCUGAUGAUACGACCAAGCCACAUAUUAUUGAGCCACAGGCAGCCAUCACGCUGCUCAGUCAUCGCAAGGAGAGCUACUUGCUGGAAUGCUCCAAGGGGACAGCACGGUGCGUGACAUUUACCUGUCCACUGCUCAACAUGACAAAUUCAGCCAAGAUUUAUGUCCGGUCACGUUUGUGGAACAGCACAAUGCUAGAGGACUAUUUGAACGCUCUGAUUGUUCAGGUCAAAGGUCAAGCCACACUAAAGCUCAUUACAGAUAAACCAACUAUCAAGAUGGAAAACCAGAUCACUACGUUCGCAGUAGAAAUUGAGCCAGUGGAGACAUUGGAGGCACCUUAUGAGCUCCAGCUAUGGAUCAUCAUCUCUGCAGCUGUAGCGGGCAUUGUACUUCUGGGAAUAAUCAUUCUAAUACUAUGGAAGCUUGGAUUCUUCAAGCGAGCCAUGUACUACCGGAUAAUGCCAAAGCACCAGGGGGUGAAAAUUCGCAAGGCUGAACGUUAUCAGUUCAAUCUGGGAUUUCAGCCUGAGGAACCACAGAAAAAGUACUGGAUCACCAACUGGACAGAGAUGCAGCAUUACUACUACUGAGGCUUUACUUUGGACCCUGAGCCACUCACCGUCACGCUGGUUGACACGGGCCAAACAAAAAACAUUGAGCUCAGUUGAGCCACAUGGACUUUGUGAUGCAUGGACCAACUAUGGAUAGUGCAUUCAACACUUUUUUUUUAUUUCAGUAGAUUUCAACUUUUUCAGUGCAAUAUACUGAACACUUUGUUUCAGAGAUUGUGAUUUGUUAAGUAUUUUUGAUGAAUGCAGUGUUGUACAUUGGAAUCGGGGCUGCAUUCAAGAGUAAAUUGUACAUUUUUUUGAUUACAUUGCAGGUUUUUAUGUACUGAACUUGGUGUUUGCAUGUAUGUUUUCAGUUCUUUUUUUCCAUUCUGAAUCCUCUGAGACAACUUACUGGUCAUUCAUCAUGUUUAUUGCUACCAUGUCUCUUUUCCUCUCUAAUCAGAGGAAUGAGUCUAUUGAUUUUUUCUGUGAUUGUGUAUGUCUAUCCCCAGGCAACACUUUGUGGUCAGUGGUUGUAGUCAAUAUAAGGGUUUGAAACCUACAGCAGUCAUUUUUGAGAUCAUUUCAAAGUGUGCUUGGAAUAUGCUGACCAGCAUCCACUCUGUGUGCCUUUUUAUGAAUGUCAGUGUUUGGCAAGCAUUACAUAGACUAGCAUCUCAAAUGCUGUUUUAGUUAUGGCACUGACGUCAUAUGAUACGUAAAUGAUGUCCCUGAAAAUUAUUUUUAUAGAUACAUUUUAUAGCCCAGCUAGUUUUAUGUUGUCCAAUCACCUCUGCUACAAGUUGAAAAGCAAUAGUCUGUAUGUAAAAUAAGCCAACAUGUGUUGAUGAUAUGAUAGAGGCACACUUGAUUAUUAUUUAUUAUACUUUCUUGUGUUAUUACAGCAAAGAGCCUAUCUGGUUAUCUUUAAAAGAAUAUCACAUACAGGGAGUCAUGACACUGGAUGAAAUAAUACAUGAUGUUAUAUAUGUCCGGAGCUUGUAAGCUCAUAGAUAAUUACGUUAUGAAUUGUACAUAGUAACGAGUUACGUUGGAUUGACUGAAUGAAUGCAUACGUCAUUAGCCUUUGUAUGUUUCACUGUCCUGGAGCUUUGUAUUUUUGUACGAGACAGUAAGCCGACACUUGGAUUGUUUCCAAGCCAUUGUGGCCCCCAUUGAGGUCAACCUCCAGCACUGAAAGUAGACUGGACCAGAAGAAAACAGUUAUUGAGCUGUCUCUGGUGGGACUGAGUGUUGCAUUACCACUCUAGUCUGUGUUACCUGAGAGCCCACAGGUUGUGACUGUGGCUGCUACAGAGACUCUAUUGACUCUGGGUAUAGAGGGAAAGGCUGAAACCAAUGCACAAACUCUGUUCUCUGUGGUGGUGUUGUUCUUUACUGUGCAGUUUCAAUGUAAUUAAAUUGUUUUUAAAACAA